UCUUUGAGAGCCCCGAAAUUUGCAAUUUGGCAGGCGCGCAGGCGGAAGUAUUUAGGUGGACAUGUUCCAAAGUCUAUUGUUGACAUCAUUUAUUUCAUAUAUGAAGAUAUCGAGGAACUUCGUCAAUUUCGGGAACUGUCAGAGGCCAUCAAAAACAUAGACAGGGGUUCAUACAAUUCAUGCUACAAUCGUGCGGUUGUCGAACCUGACAAACUGAAUCAAUAUCCACCUUUUUCUCCCCAAGUUUAUGGCGAAACUUCAUUCGAGUUAAUUUACGAAAUGAUAGAAACCGUCAAAAUUUCUUCCGAUGAUUCUUUCAUUGAUCUUGGAAGCGGAGUUGGUCAGGUCGUAUUGCAAGUGGCUGCGUGCAGCGAUGCAAAGUUUUGCUAUGGUAUCGAAAAAGCUGAUUAUCCGGCUGUUUGUGCUUCAAAUAUGGAUGCUGAAUUCCGUCGUUGGAUGUCGUUCUAUGGGAAGUCUUAUCGCCCUUAUUUGGUAAGGCUGAUCAACAGUAGGAACCUUUUUACUAAAAAUAAGUUGUUUCAUUUGGUUCGCAAUAAUCAACGGAAUUUUACGUCUGGUGAUUUGCACUCCGAGAGUUCCUUUAAAGUAUUCAACUUUGUAUCAUCCGGUAUAUUCUCACAAGCUGCUAGUGACCACCUUGAAUCACUCGCUAUUUUUUGUGCUUAA